CGCGGGGCGCGGCAGGGAUGGAGCGGGAGCCGUCGGGGCGCACGGAAAUCAGCACUCGGAGCCGGCGAGCCGCGAUGAGGAAGCAGAGUGCGCGCACGGCGGCGCUCAUCCUGUGCAUCCUGUCCUACCUGCUGGUGGGCGCCGCGGUCUUCGAUGCGCUGGAGUCCGAGGCGGAGCGCAGCCGGCAGCGGCUGCUGGCUCGGAAGCGGGGCGAGUUCCGCAGAAAGUAUCGCUUCUCCGCCGACGACUACCGCGAGCUGGAGCGCCUGGCGCUGCAAGCCGAGCCGCACCGCGCCGGCCGCCAGUGGCGCUUCGCGGGCUCCUUCUACUUCGCCAUCACGGUCAUCACCACCAUCGGAUAUGGCCAUGCUGCACCGGGCACGGACUCCGGCAAGGUGUUCUGCAUGUUCUAUGCCCUCCUGGGUAUCCCCCUGACGCUGGUCACCUUCCAGAGCCUGGGUGAGCGUCUGAACGCGCUGGUGCGGUGUCUGCUGCUGGCAGCCAAGCGCUGCCUGGGCCUGCGGCGGCCACACGUGACGGCUGAGAACAUGGUGGUGGCCGGGCUGCUGCUGUGCGCUGCCACCCUGGCCCUAGGCGCCGCUGCCUUCGCGCACUUCGAGGGCUGGACCUUCUUCCACGCCUACUACUACUGCUUCAUCACCCUCACCACCAUCGGCUUCGGCGACUUCGUGGCGUUGCAGAGAGACGAGGCACUGCAGAGGAAGCCACCCUACGUGGCCUUCAGCUUCCUCUACAUCCUUCUGGGGCUCACGGUCAUCGGUGCCUUCCUCAACCUGGUGGUCCUGCGCUUCCUCGCCAGCGCUGAUGCCCCAGAGCGCGCAGCCCACCGUCAUGCCAGCGUGUUCCGCAGGAGGGCGCGCGCGCGCCGCAUCCGCGCCGGCGCCUCCAGCUGCAUCCCGUACCCCGUCGUCCAUCAGCUAGAGACAUGGGCAUGUGACAACCCGGCCUUCUCACCCCCUUUGAGCCCAGAAGCCGUGCAUCAUUGCCACAGCAACCCAGACAGACCCCGAGCCCGGAGGAAGUCCAUCUGAUAGUCCCUCCCUACCCGGGCCAAGGCUGGCCCAUGUCUAGUUCCGCCUGUUAGCAAACCCACCCUUCUUUCCGGCUUGGAGGGGGUUGAGGCUCCGGUCACCAUCUGUGGAUCAUCCCUUUUAAUAUUCAUGAAAGCUGCACUAACAGCCCAAGCCGACUCUACAGCCACCUGGAAGUGUAAACUGUUUAGUCUAAACUUGUAGGAAAACGUGACCAUCAGCCCCAGGAGGGGUGAUACCCAGGUCAAGCAUCCCUAGCUGGUCCUUCAAAGGACAAGUGGCUGGUUUCUGCAUCGAAGGGGACACAAGAUAUUUUGCAGUGGGGAGAGGUAUGACUUUGAACACCAGAAUUCUACUAGUAAGGCUGGAUGCUUGUGCUAGAAGCAUGGAGAUAAACAGGCUGAAGGGAAUUUAUGGCUCACAGAGGACGAUUUUUGCACUAUAUAGACGACAUUUUGCAUUUUCUUUGCUCUGCAUGAGGAGUGGAAUUGGCCCACGUGUAAAUGGUUGUCCCCACUGUCAAAUAGAUGUCUUGUCCCUGGACAGCCCCUUUUGAAUGAAGGGAUGGACUCCCCCAUAUCACUACCUAGAGGCAGCUCAGUGCUGUGGGAUGGAUUUCAUUCUGGGUCCCACCAAUCACCAGCAAUGUAUCAUUGGGAUUCUUAUCACUUUCCUGGGCCUUAGCUUCCCCGUCUGUAAAACAGGGCUCUUCUGAAGCCCCUGCUUCACACGGGCACUGGUGGCAGAGCUUCCUGAUGCUGGCAUAGAGGGUGUUAACGAGCCCGUCGGAGUCCCGUUGGCGUCCUAGAGCGCUCACUCCUUAAAAGACUAGCAUCCUUUAACUUCCCAGGUAGAACUGUCUCAAUGCAAAGCAAGAGCAAAACCAGGGUAGAAAAGCCAAAAACUUUUAAUUUCCAACAUGAGCUAUGUGGUCAUGAACACAAUGCCACGUGACCCACUCCAACUCAGACGCCCCCCAAACCCUCCCUCCCUGGAGGACCAGGCUGUUUCUGCUCCCCAAGAAGACACAGGGAAAGGUGGGUAGAUGAAGGGAGGCUCCCAGCCCAAGGACCCUGGGGUCCUGCCUUCCUGCCAUCUAGCAGGAUGGCACAAAGGACUCAGAGGUAACACCUAUGUCUACGUCUAGCCUCCCACCAGCCCACACAGGCUCUCUUGCUGAAAUGAAAAACUCUUGGGGCUUGCUAGGUAAAUCUAUAGAAACUAUCUAUCCACCAAAGUCCUGUUCUGCAGACACAGGCCCUCUUGGAGGGCCAAGAGAGCUCAUUGCAGGGGACAGGAAAGGGGCCUGGUGUAUCGCUGUUGCUCAAUAAAUAAAUGCAGGUGACCUUG